CGUGCAGAAUAUUACCCACAAUGCUGCUGUGCGCCUGCCCUUGACAACAGUCAUGGCGUCCGCUACGAAGAUUAUCCAGAGGAUCCGAAACUGGGCUGCGGGGCAUGAUCUUCAGGCCAAGCUGCAGCUGCGCUACGGAGAAAUUUCCAAAAGGACUCUGCCUCCUCCUAAACUCCCAGUGGGACCAAGCCACAAAUUUGCAAACAACGCUUACUGCCUGCGUGAUGGCCGUCGAGAGAGUUUACCCCCAACGAUUGUCAUGUCUGCACAAAAGGUGCUGGCUGCAGGAUCACAAUCUGGCAGUCCAGAAGCUGGUUUGGCUGUAGCUACGAAGAGCCCAGUGACUCCAGGUACACCUCCUAAACCACUGGAGCUGUCAAGAGAUCAGCCCUACUUGUGAAUCUGGACCAUCUGAAGAAGAUAAAGAAUAUCACUGAAGCCGAAGAGCAGGGGAGUAAUGUCAGCAAGGUGUAACUGUUUUACUGUGUAAAGCACUACUAUGUCUUUAUUAAAUUAUACAUUAGAGGCAU